AUGAGCAAAGUCUGUAUGCUUGAAGGAACAUUGAACGAUUCAAGCCUGUUAUUUCCCAAGUCCAAAAAUUUCAAUGACUGUGGGAUCAGGAGAUCAUCGAUGGUCUCCAAUCCAUUUCCAUAUAAGUCCAACCACUCUAAACCUUGUGGUAAUUUGAUGGUAGCGUCACUGAUCACUCCCAAUGAAGCCAUGCUCAAGUUCAAUUUCUUCAACUUUGAAUCAGGAGGAAAAUUGAUGCCCGAAAUCUCCAAAGGGUCUCCAGAAAGGUCAAUCUCUUCUAAAGAGGCAGGAAAAGUAAAGUUUGUCAACUUGCCUUUGGCUGAAAUGUACAUAGUUAAUGUUUUGAGAGCUGGGGGUAAAUCUUUCAAAGUAGAUAGGUCAAUCUCAUUGCUGCCCACCAGUAGAUCUUUGACUGUGUUUGAAACUCUGGGAAAUGCGCUGAACAGAUUUUCAUUCAAGUUUAACGAUAUCAAUUUGGGAGUAUUGAUACGAAUUGCUUCUAGUUCGUUGCCGCUCAAGUUCAUAUCCGUACAGUCAGGAAGAUCACAUUUAAAUUCAGUCAAAUCGUUAUCGGUUAUAGAUAACUUGACGAGAGUUUUGGGCAAAUUGGUGGUUUCGUAG